CCUAUUCAAAAUUUGACAUUACUUAAUGACUCCUGUUUGGUAUGGAGAAGAGAAUCUAAAUCAGCAGAGCUUUAUGUGAUUUCUGCCAAUGGACACAGAUGGCAUCAGAAGGACUUCAAGCACAUCCUUAUUUUUAAUGUCAGCAUAGAUGAGCCACAUCCUGUUAUAUGCUUAGAGCUACAAAGGGAGACAAACUAUACAGUGAAAGUAAUGUCAGUCGCCUACUCUCAAUACACUGCACAAAUCAAUAUCCUUUCCCCAAUAUCAGAACCUCCACAUUCAAAAGUGAAAAUUGUACCAGUAAACAGUCAGUUACCAAAAAUUAGCUUUCAAAGAUCUGACAAGAAUGGAAAUAUAAGUUCAUACCAGGUGUUUGUGAUGCAGUCGAUGUCUUGGUGUUCUUUUACUUGUGAGUCUUUGGAAGCUGUCACAUACUUCAGUAAUAUAUCUAAGAUGCAGGGAUACGUCACUGCCGAGUUCUUCCCUGGAGACACUCCCGAACAUCUGGAGCUGUUGGUUGGGGACAGGCAAUACUAUGGAGACUUCUAUAAUGCUCCCUUAGAACGAGGAAAAGACUACUGUGUAAUACUAAGAACUGUCAGCAAG